AUGAGCUUCAUUGGUCAAAACAUGUUGGAAAACAUAGAUUCUCGACUUCAACAAGCAUACCCACAAAGUGCACACCUAAGUUUUGCAGGUAUAUCUAUGAUUUUAGUAGGAGAUUUGGGUCAAUUGCCUCUAGUUAAUGAUAGACCUGCAUAUGCUAGUAAUAGACGGGCAAAGCUACUAUGGGAGGAAUUCAAAAUUGUGGUUACUUUAGAUAAAAUAUUCAGACAAGAUGGAGAAAAUAUUCAACAACAAAGAUUUCAUCAACUUUUGACAAAUCUAAGAGAUGUAAACCCACAAAUUGAUGAUUGGAAGCUGCUAAUGAUGAGAACCCCUACUAACAUAGAUGUUGCAAGAGGAAGUGUUAAUAUAGCAGAAGAUUUCUCAACUGGUGAACUUGAUCUAGAGUUAUUGAUCAGUAAGAAUUCAAGGGUCAUGCUAACUUCAAACCUUUGGAUACAAGCAGGUCUUGUAAAUGGAGCUUUGGGAUAUGUUCGAAAGAUUGUCUACAAGCCAGGAAGUGCUCCACCUGACCCACCGACAUAUGUGAUGGUUGAAUUUGAUAAUUACUCAGGAUUACCAUUUGAAGAUCAUCAUCCAAAUACAAUUCCAAUAACAACAAAUCAAAAGGGCAGAACACUUCAGCUACCAUUGAGAUUGGCAUGGGCAUUGACUAUACAUAAAUCUCAAGGAUUGACUCUUCCAAAAGUAACUAUCGAUAUAGGACCAAGAGAAAGAACUAGAUUGACAUUUGUUGCAUUAUCUCGUGUAAAAUCUCUAGAGGGUUUGAGAAUAAUGCCACCAUUUACAUAUGAUCGUUAUGAGAAAAUGAAAAAGGGUAGACAACUUGCGAAGCGCAAGGCUGAGGAAAAUAGGCUCAAACUUUUGGAAGAUAAUUGA